AUGCAUUACGGCUUGCAGGCCAUGUGUUACAGCUUGCAGGCCAUGCGUUACAACUGGCAUGCAUGGCGUUACAGCUGGCCAGUCCCAGCUACUCCAUCUUCUCGUACAUCUUUGCCACUAUGGAUGAUUGCCCUCAUUGUGUUUGGGGUGUUGGCAAUUCUAGGAAUAACCAUUGGCCUUCUGGUUCAUUUUCUGGCAGUAGAAAACAGGACCUACUAUUAUCAAGGUAGCUUUAAAGUGUUGAAUAUCCCAUAUAAUAGCAAUUAUAAAAGAGAGACUUCACAAGAAACUAACCGACUUAGCAAAAUUCUUGAGACCAAGAUGAUGGAUGCAUUUGACAAUUCUGAUAUUUACAGACAAUAUAUCAAUUCUCAAGUCAUCACAUUGGUUCCUGAUAGCAAUAGUGUGACAGCUCAGAUAUGGCUGGUAUUCAAGGGAUCCAGAGCAAUGAAGGAAAAUACAAAAAGAAGAAUUGAAAGCAUUUUAUAUCAGAUGCUGAGUAACCAUUCAGGAUCUGUGACUACAGAUCCUAAAUCUCUUAGAAUUCUAGAACUCAGUAAGACCAAUGCUGAAAAGAUUAUCAACAACUGCUGUGGGAGACGAGCAAGGAUGUCAGCUACAUAUGACAGAGUCAAGGGGGGCUCCAAUGCUCAGGAAGGAGAGUGGCCAUGGCAAGCAAGUCUCAAAAUGAAUGGAAAACACUACUGCGGGGCAUCUUUGAUCAGUGACAGAUACCUGGUGACUGCAGCUCACUGCUUUAAAAAGUCUAAAAACCCCAGAAACUACACAGUCAGCUUUGGCACUAGAGUAAACCCUCCCUACAUGAAACAUUAUGUUCAAAAAAUCGUUAUUCAUGAAGACUACAAACCAAAUGAGCAUCAUGAUGAUAUUGCAGUUAUACUGCUCACCGAAAAAGUUGUAUUUAAUAAUGAUGUACAUCGAGUUUGUCUGCCUGAAGCCUCCCAGAUUUUUCUACCAGGUGAAGGUGUUGUUGUUACAGGAUGGGGAGCACUGUCUCAUAAUGGUGAGUACCCAGUAUUACUUCAAAAAGCACCAGUGAAAAUUAUUGAUACAAAUACUUGUAAUUCGAAAGAAGCAUAUAAUGGUUUGAUAUGGGACACAAUGAUAUGUGCUGGAUACAUGGAAGGAAACAUUGAUGCCUGCCAGGGUGAUUCUGGAGGACCACUAGUUUAUCCCAAUUCUCGAAAUAUUUGGUACCUGGUUGGAAUAGUGAGCUGGGGGACUGAAUGUGGUCAAAUCAAUAAGCCAGGAGUCUAUACACGAGUGACCUCCUACCGCAACUGGAUUGCCUCCAAGACUGGCGUCUAA